AUGACUGAUAUAUUGCCUAGAUCUGACGAUUUGGAGGCCACUUGGAACUUCAUUGAGCCCGCUAUCAACCAGAUUUUGGGUCAGAACGAUCAGGAGCUAGUUAAUAAGCGAGUUAAUAAGAUUUUAUCGCCUACUAUGUACAUGGAAGUUUACACAGCGAUUUACAACUACUGUGUGAAUAAAUCAAGGUCGACAGGGCAGUUCAGCUCAGAUAGGGUCCACAGCAAUGGACAAUCUUCCAUUUUGAUCGGCAGUGAAAUAUAUGAAAAGUUGAAACAUUUCUUAAAGAGAUACAUCACUAAUUUCACCAAGAAAGAAAAUGAAACCUUUUUGGAAUUUUACGUUAGACGGUGGAAGAGGUUCACAAUUGGUUCUAUCUUCUUGAAUCAUGCAUUCGACUAUAUGAAUAGAUACUGGGUGCAGAAGGAGAGAAGCGAUGGGAAAAGAGAUAUAUUCGACGUCAAUACUUUAUGUUUGAUCACUUGGAAACAAGUCAUGUUUGAUUCGAACAGUGAACUUCUGGCUAAUGAAAUUUUACAGCAAAUUACGAUGGAGAGAAACGAACAAUCUGUUCACCAAAGCAAUUUAAUUACAGCAAUUAAAUCGUUCGUGGCAUUAGGAAUCGACCCUCAGGAUUUAAAGAAAUUGAAUUUAAAUGUUUAUUUACAAAAUUUUGAAAAACCGUUCUUAACCAGCACAGAAGAGUAUUACACCAAGUUUUCAAAUGAAUUCUUAGAAAAUCAUUCAGUGACUGAUUAUAUCUCGAAAGCACGUAAUAUUAUUUACCAAGAAGAAGAAUCUAUGUCUAUUUACUGGGAUGAACAUACAAGAAAGCCAUUAUCCGAGACGCUGAAUGCAGUAUUGAUUACAAAACAUGUCAAAAAAUUGGAGGAUGAGUUUGUCACUUUAUUAGACGCUAGAGAUGAAAUUAAUAUCUCUGCAUUGUAUAUAUUAAUGCAGAGAGAUUUCACGUUGAUGCCACAGUUAGCUAAUGUUUUUGAACAGUACAUUAAGAAGACCGGGGAGGAUGAAGUGUUAAAAUUGUUAAAGAUGUUCCCAAGCGCUAAUGGUAGCCAGAAGACCCCUGCAUUGAUAAUCCCUCCAAAGGAAUAUAUCAAAAAAUUAAUCGAAGUUUACAAGAUAUUUUUAAAUAUAACUCAAAAAUGUUUCAAUAACGAUCCAUUAUUCACAAAGGCUCUGGACAAUGCCUGUAGAUCAUAUGUUAACGUAAAUGCAUAUGCCAUUCCACCAGGUAAUACAAAUGUGUCAGUUAAUUUACUUACAUCGAAGACUCCCGAGAUGUUAGCUAAAUAUAGUGAUCAACUAUUAAAGAAAUCCACUAAGCCAGAAAUUUCCAAUGACAUGAACGUCGACGAUAUAAUGAUGAUAUUUAAAUUUUUAACAGAUAAGGAUGCAUUUGAAACUCAUUAUAGAAGAUUAUUUGCUAAAAGAUUGAUUCAUGGCACGUCCACUAGAGAUUCGGAUGAAGAAAGUAUCAUCCAAAGGCUACAAUCUGAGAACAGUAUGGAAUACACUGGUAAGAUUGCUAAGAUGUUCCAAGAUGUGAGAUUAUCAAAGAUUGUGGAAGAGGAGUUCAACUCGUCUGUGAAAGAGUUACCAGACUACUCGCCAUUGAAGUACCCUGAGUUGGAACCAUUUAUUCUUGCUGAGACGAUGUGGCCGUUCCAAUAUCAAGAAUCAGAAUAUACCGUUCCACCAGACUUGAAACCAUCCUUCACGAAGCUAGAAGAUAUGUAUAUUACCAAACAUAGCGGCAGAAUUUUGAAAUGGUUGUAUCCACUUUGUCGUGGUGAGUUACAGGCUAACAUAGCUAAGACCCACAAUGCACCAUUCAAUUUCACUGUGACGCUAUAUCAAAUGUCGAUUUUAUUAUUAUAUAAUGGUUCUGAGAAUAACCAAUUGACUUUGGAACAAAUCCAAGAAGGUACGAAUCUAAAGAUCAACAACAUUGCCGCCUCUAUGAUUCCCUUUAUAAAAUACAAAUUGAUUCAACAAGUACCACCUGGCUUAAACAAUCUAAUCCAAAACGAUACAAUUUUCAAAUUGAACACUCCAUACAAAGCUCUGAAACCAAAGAUCAACUUUGCAAGCGGGGUGAAGAACGAUAUAAUGAAUCUAAUCAACGCCAACACCAAUAGUAAUAACACCAGCAACGGUGGUGCGACGAAUGCCGGUCCCGACAUGGGGUCGAAUACAAACUUGAGUGAGAACGAGAAGAUCGCCAAAGAAUUGAACAUAGAGAGACAGAUAUACUUAGAGGCGUGCAUUGUGAGGAUCAUGAAGACGAACCGAACCAUGCCACACACAACGUUAAUCAACGAUGUAAUCCAACAAGCACAUCAGAGGUUCAAUCCAAAGAUUGCAAUGAUCAAGAAAGCCAUCGAUAACUUAAUCCAGAAGGAGUACCUAGUAAGAGGCGAAGACGGCGAGUCCUACCGAUACCUAGCAUGA